AUGCAUAGUGCACAAAGCUUUGGUGCCUUCUACGAUCACCUUGAUUUCACUCAUUUUGACCGCGUCGCAUCUGGGCAUUACGCUCGAGUUAUCCGCUCACCGCCAGCCGACCCGUCCCACCCCAGCGAGAGAGCUGUGCGCCUGGUGUUGUCUGCGGAUGAGGUGAAGGAUCAGACUUACUUCCUCUCACACCUAUCGCAGCAGCAGCUCUCUCGAGUCAUGUUCCCUCUAGGGGCCCUCACCAAGUCUCAGGUGCGACAGCUGGCAGCGGCGUUCAACCUGCCCAACCAGAGCAGAAAGGACUCGCAAGGGAUCUGCUUUCUGGGAAAGGUGAAGUUCCCUGAGUUUGUGGCGCGGCAUGUGGGCGAGCAGGAGGGGUUGCUGGUGGAGGCAGAGAGCGGGGAGGCCCUGGGGUUGCACAGAGGCUUCUGGUUCUUCACCAUCGGGCAGCGACAAGGCAUCAAGCUCUCUGGAGGGCCGUGGUACGUGGUAGCUAAAGACACGGACACCAACACGGUCUUCGUAUCCUGUGACUACCACUCGCCAGCCAAGUCCCGCCGGCAGUUUUGGGUGGGCGGGUUCAGCUGGACGCAGGGAGGGGAAUGCACCCCUCCUUUGACCGAACGACCCAACCUCACUUGCAAGCUGGACUCAAGGUGGCGAGUCCAGUCCUGCUCCAAGUCCGCCACGGCUCCCAGUUCCACCCCUGCAAUCUGCUGCCCAGCUGAUUUUGAGGCACCUCAACUAUCGACUCAAAAGUCACUUAGUGCAGCCCUGCCCCGGGUUCGCCACGAUCCCCAGUUCCACCCCUGCUCUCCGCUGCCCAGUUCCACCCCUGCAAUCUGCUGCCCAGCUGAUUUUGAGGCACCUCAACUAUCGACUCAAAAGUCACUUAGUGCAGCCCUGCCCCGGGUUCGCCACGAUCCCCAGUUCCACCCCUGCUCUCCGCUGCCCAGUUCCACCCCUGCUCUCCGCUGCCCAGUUCCACCCCUGCUCUCCGCUGCCCAGUUCCACCCCUGCUCUCCGCUGCCCAGUUCCACCCCUGCUCUCCGCUGCCCAGUUCCACCCCUGCUCUCCGCUGCCCAGUUCCACCCCUGCUCUCCGCUGCCCAGUUCCACCCCUGCUCUCCGCUGCCCAGUUCCACCCCUGCUCUCCGCUGCCCAGUUCCACCCCUGCUCUCCGCUGCCCAGUUCCACCCCUGCUCUCCGCUGCCCAGUUCCACCCCUGCUCUCCGCUGCCCAGUUCCACCCCUGCUCUCCGCUGCCCAGUUCCACCCCUGCUCUCCGCUGCCCAGUUCCACCCCUGCUCUCCGCUGCCCAGUUCCACCCCUGCUCUCCGCUGCCCAGUUCCACCCCUGCUCUCCGCUGCCCAGUUCCACCCCUGCUCUCCGCUGCCCAGUUCCACCCCUGCUCUCCGCUGCCCAGUUCCACCCCUGCUCUCCGCUGCCCAGUUCCACCCCUGCUCUCCGCUGCCCAGUUCCACCCCUGCUCUCCGCUGCCCAGUUCCACCCCUGCUCUCCGCUGCCCAGUUCCACCCCUGCUCUCCGCUGCCCAGUUCCACCCCUGCUCUCCGCUGCCCAGUUCCACCCCUGCUCUCCGCUGCCCAGUUCCACCCCUGCUCUCCGCUGCCCAGUUCCACCCCUGCUCUCCGCUGCCCAGUUCCACCCCUGCUCUCCGCUGCCCAGUUCCACCCCUGCUCUCCGCUGCCCAGUUCCACCCCUGCUCUCCGCUGCCCAGUUCCACCCCUGCUCUCCGCUGCCCAGUUCCACCCCUGCUCUCCGCUGCCCAGUUCCACCCCUGCUCUCCGCUGCCCAGUUCCACCCCUGCUCUCCGCUGCCCAGUUCCACCCCUGCUCUCCGCUGCCCAGUUCCACCCCUGCUCUCCGCUGCCCAGUUCCACCCCUGCUCUCCGCUGCCCAGUUCCACCCCUGCUCUCCGCUGCCCAGUUCCACCCCUGCUCUCCGCUGCCCAGUUCCACCCCUGCUCUCCGCUGCCCAGUUCCACCCCUGCUCUCCGCUGCCCAGUUCCACCCCUGCUCUCCGCUGCCCAGUUCCACCCCUGCUCUCCGCUGCCCAGUUCCACCCCUGCUCUCCGCUGCCCAGUUCCACCCCUGCUCUCCGCUGCCCAGUUCCACCCCUGCUCUCCGCUGCCCAGUUCCACCCCUGCUCUCCGCUGCCCAGUUCCACCCCUGCUCUCCGCUGCCCAGUUCCACCCCUGCUCUCCGCUGCCCAGUUCCACCCCUGCUCUCCGCUGCCCAGUUCCACCCCUGCUCUCCGCUGCCCAGUUCCACCCCUGCUCUCCGCUGCCCAGUUCCACCCCUGCUCUCCGCUGCCCAGUUCCACCCCUGCUCUCCGCUGCCCAGUUCCACCCCUGCUCUCCGCUGCCCAGUUCCACCCCUGCUCUCCGCUGCCCAGUUCCACCCCUGCUCUCCGCUGCCCAGUUCCACCCCUGCUCUCCGCUGCCCAGUUCCACCCCUGCUCUCCGCUGCCCAGUUCCACCCCUGCUCUCCGCUGCCCAGUUCCACCCCUGCUCUCCGCUGCCCAGUUCCACCCCUGCUCUCCGCUGCCCAGUUCCACCCCUGCUCUCCGCUGCCCAGUUCCACCCCUGCUCUCCGCUGCCCAGUUCCACCCCUGCUCUCCGCUGCCCAGUUCCACCCCUGCUCUCCGCUGCCCAGUUCCACCCCUGCUCUCCGCUGCCCAGUUCCACCCCUGCUCUCCGCUGCCCAGUUCCACCCCUGCUCUCCGCUGCCCAGUUCCACCCCUGCUCUCCGCUGCCCAGUUCCACCCCUGCUCUCCGCUGCCCAGUUCCACCCCUGCUCUCCGCUGCCCAGUUCCACCCCUGCUCUCCGCUGCCCAGUUCCACCCCUGCUCUCCGCUGCCCAGUUCCACCCCUGCUCUCCGCUGCCCAGUUCCACCCCUGCUCUCCGCUGCCCAGUUCCACCCCUGCUCUCCGCUGCCCAGUUCCACCCCUGCUCUCCGCUGCCCAGUUCCACCCCUGCUCUCCGCUGCCCAGUUCCACCCCUGCUCUCCGCUGCCCAGUUCCACCCCUGCUCUCCGCUGCCCAGUUCCACCCCUGCUCUCCGCUGCCCAGUUCCACCCCUGCUCUCCGCUGCCCAGUUCCACCCCUGCUCUCCGCUGCCCAGUUCCACCCCUGCUCUCCGCUGCCCAGUUCCACCCCUGCUCUCCGCUGCCCAGUUCCACCCCUGCUCUCCGCUGCCCAGUUCCACCCCUGCUCUCCGCUGCCCAGUUCCACCCCUGCUCUCCGCUGCCCAGUUCCACCCCUGCUCUCCGCUGCCCAGUUCCACCCCUGCUCUCCGCUGCCCAGUUCCACCCCUGCUCUCCGCUGCCCAGUUCCACCCCUGCUCUCCGCUGCCCAGUUCCACCCCUGCUCUCCGCUGCCCAGUUCCACCCCUGCUCUCCGCUGCCCAGUUCCACCCCUGCUCUCCGCUGCCCAGUUCCACCCCUGCUCUCCGCUGCCCAGUUCCACCCCUGCUCUCCGCUGCCCAGUUCCACCCCUGCUCUCCGCUGCCCAGUUCCACCCCUGCUCUCCGCUGCCCAGUUCCACCCCUGCUCUCCGCUGCCCAGUUCCACCCCUGCUCUCCGCUGCCCAGUUCCACCCCUGCUCUCCGCUGCCCAGUUCCACCCCUGCUCUCCGCUGCCCAGUUCCACCCCUGCUCUCCGCUGCCCAGUUCCACCCCUGCUCUCCGCUGCCCAGUUCCACCCCUGCUCUCCGCUGCCCAGUUCCACCCCUGCUCUCCGCUGCCCAGUUCCACCCCUGCUCUCCGCUGCCCAGUUCCACCCCUGCUCUCCGCUGCCCAGUUCCACCCCUGCUCUCCGCUGCCCAGUUCCACCCCUGCUCUCCGCUGCCCAGUUCCACCCCUGCUCUCCGCUGCCCAGUUCCACCCCUGCUCUCCGCUGCCCAGUUCCACCCCUGCUCUCCGCUGCCCAGUUCCACCCCUGCUCUCCGCUGCCCAGUUCCACCCCUGCUCUCCGCUGCCCAGUUCCACCCCUGCUCUCCGCUGCCCAGUUCCACCCCUGCUCUCCGCUGCCCAGUUCCACCCCUGCUCUCCGCUGCCCAGUUCCACCCCUGCUCUCCGCUGCCCAGUUCCACCCCUGCUCUCCGCUGCCCAGUUCCACCCCUGCUCUCCGCUGCCCAGUUCCACCCCUGCUCUCCGCUGCCCAGUUCCACCCCUGCUCUCCGCUGCCCAGUUCCACCCCUGCUCUCCGCUGCCCAGUUCCACCCCUGCUCUCCGCUGCCCAGUUCCACCCCUGCUCUCCGCUGCCCAGUUCCACCCCUGCUCUCCGCUGCCCAGUUCCACCCCUGCUCUCCGCUGCCCAGUUCCACCCCUGCUCUCCGCUGCCCAGUUCCACCCCUGCUCUCCGCUGCCCAGUUCCACCCCUGCUCUCCGCUGCCCAGUUCCACCCCUGCUCUCCGCUGCCCAGUUCCACCCCUGCUCUCCGCUGCCCAGUUCCACCCCUGCUCUCCGCUGCCCAGUUCCACCCCUGCUCUCCGCUGCCCAGUUCCACCCCUGCUCUCCGCUGCCCAGUUCCACCCCUGCUCUCCGCUGCCCAGUUCCACCCCUGCUCUCCGCUGCCCAGUUCCACCCCUGCUCUCCGCUGCCCAGUUCCACCCCUGCUCUCCGCUGCCCAGUUCCACCCCUGCUCUCCGCUGCCCAGUUCCACCCCUGCUCUCCGCUGCCCAGUUCCACCCCUGCUCUCCGCUGCCCAGUUCCACCCCUGCUCUCCGCUGCCCAGUUCCACCCCUGCUCUCCGCUGCCCAGUUCCACCCCUGCUCUCCGCUGCCCAGUUCCACCCCUGCUCUCCGCUGCCCAGUUCCACCCCUGCUCUCCGCUGCCCAGUUCCACCCCUGCUCUCCGCUGCCCAGUUCCACCCCUGCUCUCCGCUGCCCAGUUCCACCCCUGCUCUCCGCUGCCCAGUUCCACCCCUGCUCUCCGCUGCCCAGUUCCACCCCUGCUCUCCGCUGCCCAGUUCCACCCCUGCUCUCCGCUGCCCAGUUCCACCCCUGCUCUCCGCUGCCCAGUUCCACCCCUGCUCUCCGCUGCCCAGUUCCACCCCUGCUCUCCGCUGCCCAGUUCCACCCCUGCUCUCCGCUGCCCAGUUCCACCCCUGCUCUCCGCUGCCCAGUUCCACCCCUGCUCUCCGCUGCCCAGUUCCACCCCUGCUCUCCGCUGCCCAGUUCCACCCCUGCUCUCCGCUGCCCAGUUCCACCCCUGCUCUCCGCUGCCCAGUUCCACCCCUGCUCUCCGCUGCCCAGUUCCACCCCUGCUCUCCGCUGCCCAGUUCCACCCCUGCUCUCCGCUGCCCAGUUCCACCCCUGCUCUCCGCUGCCCAGUUCCACCCCUGCUCUCCGCUGCCCAGUUCCACCCCUGCUCUCCGCUGCCCAGUUCCACCCCUGCUCUCCGCUGCCCAGUUCCACCCCUGCUCUCCGCUGCCCAGUUCCACCCCUGCUCUCCGCUGCCCAGUUCCACCCCUGCUCUCCGCUGCCCAGUUCCACCCCUGCUCUCCGCUGCCCAGUUCCACCCCUGCUCUCCGCUGCCCAGUUCCACCCCUGCUCUCCGCUGCCCAGUUCCACCCCUGCUCUCCGCUGCCCAGUUCCACCCCUGCUCUCCGCUGCCCAGUUCCACCCCUGCUCUCCGCUGCCCAGUUCCACCCCUGCUCUCCGCUGCCCAGUUCCACCCCUGCUCUCCGCUGCCCAGUUCCACCCCUGCUCUCCGCUGCCCAGUUCCACCCCUGCUCUCCGCUGCCCAGUUCCACCCCUGCUCUCCGCUGCCCAGUUCCACCCCUGCUCUCCGCUGCCCAGUUCCACCCCUGCUCUCCGCUGCCCAGUUCCACCCCUGCUCUCCGCUGCCCAGUUCCACCCCUGCUCUCCGCUGCCCAGUUCCACCCCUGCUCUCCGCUGCCCAGUUCCACCCCUGCUCUCCGCUGCCCAGUUCCACCCCUGCUCUCCGCUGCCCAGUUCCACCCCUGCUCUCCGCUGCCCAGUUCCACCCCUGCUCUCCGCUGCCCAGUUCCACCCCUGCUCUCCGCUGCCCAGUUCCACCCCUGCUCUCCGCUGCCCAGUUCCACCCCUGCUCUCCGCUGCCCAGUUCCACCCCUGCUCUCCGCUGCCCAGUUCCACCCCUGCUCUCCGCUGCCCAGUUCCACCCCUGCUCUCCGCUGCCCAGUUCCACCCCUGCUCUCCGCUGCCCAGUUCCACCCCUGCUCUCCGCUGCCCAGUUCCACCCCUGCUCUCCGCUGCCCAGUUCCACCCCUGCUCUCCGCUGCCCAGUUCCACCCCUGCUCUCCGCUGCCCAGUUCCACCCCUGCUCUCCGCUGCCCAGUUCCACCCCUGCUCUCCGCUGCCCAGUUCCACCCCUGCUCUCCGCUGCCCAGUUCCACCCCUGCUCUCCGCUGCCCAGUUCCACCCCUGCUCUCCGCUGCCCAGUUCCACCCCUGCUCUCCGCUGCCCAGUUCCACCCCUGCUCUCCGCUGCCCAGUUCCACCCCUGCUCUCCGCUGCCCAGUUCCACCCCUGCUCUCCGCUGCCCAGUUCCACCCCUGCUCUCCGCUGCCCAGUUCCACCCCUGCUCUCCGCUGCCCAGUUCCACCCCUGCUCUCCGCUGCCCAGUUCCACCCCUGCUCUCCGCUGCCCAGUUCCACCCCUGCUCUCCGCUGCCCAGUUCCACCCCUGCUCUCCGCUGCCCAGUUCCACCCCUGCUCUCCGCUGCCCAGUUCCACCCCUGCUCUCCGCUGCCCAGUUCCACCCCUGCUCUCCGCUGCCCAGUUCCACCCCUGCUCUCCGCUGCCCAGUUCCACCCCUGCUCUCCGCUGCCCAGUUCCACCCCUGCUCUCCGCUGCCCAGUUCCACCCCUGCUCUCCGCUGCCCAGUUCCACCCCUGCUCUCCGCUGCCCAGUUCCACCCCUGCUCUCCGCUGCCCAGUUCCACCCCUGCUCUCCGCUGCCCAGUUCCACCCCUGCUCUCCGCUGCCCAGUUCCACCCCUGCUCUCCGCUGCCCAGUUCCACCCCUGCUCUCCGCUGCCCAGUUCCACCCCUGCUCUCCGCUGCCCAGUUCCACCCCUGCUCUCCGCUGCCCAGUUCCACCCCUGCUCUCCGCUGCCCAGUUCCACCCCUGCUCUCCGCUGCCCAGUUCCACCCCUGCUCUCCGCUGCCCAGUUCCACCCCUGCUCUCCGCUGCCCAGUUCCACCCCUGCUCUCCGCUGCCCAGUUCCACCCCUGCUCUCCGCUGCCCAGUUCCACCCCUGCUCUCCGCUGCCCAGUUCCACCCCUGCUCUCCGCUGCCCAGUUCCACCCCUGCUCUCCGCUGCCCAGUUCCACCCCUGCUCUCCGCUGCCCAGUUCCACCCCUGCUCUCCGCUGCCCAGUUCCACCCCUGCUCUCCGCUGCCCAGUUCCACCCCUGCUCUCCGCUGCCCAGUUCCACCCCUGCUCUCCGCUGCCCAGUUCCACCCCUGCUCUCCGCUGCCCAGUUCCACCCCUGCUCUCCGCUGCCCAGUUCCACCCCUGCUCUCCGCUGCCCAGUUCCACCCCUGCUCUCCGCUGCCCAGUUCCACCCCUGCUCUCCGCUGCCCAGUUCCACCCCUGCUCUCCGCUGCCCAGUUCCACCCCUGCUCUCCGCUGCCCAGUUCCACCCCUGCUCUCCGCUGCCCAGUUCCACCCCUGCUCUCCGCUGCCCAGUUCCACCCCUGCUCUCCGCUGCCCAGUUCCACCCCUGCUCUCCGCUGCCCAGUUCCACCCCUGCUCUCCGCUGCCCAGUUCCACCCCUGCUCUCCGCUGCCCAGUUCCACCCCUGCUCUCCGCUGCCCAGUUCCACCCCUGCUCUCCGCUGCCCAGUUCCACCCCUGCUCUCCGCUGCCCAGUUCCACCCCUGCUCUCCGCUGCCCAGUUCCACCCCUGCUCUCCGCUGCCCAGUUCCACCCCUGCUCUCCGCUGCCCAGUUCCACCCCUGCUCUCCGCUGCCCAGUUCCACCCCUGCUCUCCGCUGCCCAGUUCCACCCCUGCUCUCCGCUGCCCAGUUCCACCCCUGCUCUCCGCUGCCCAGUUCCACCCCUGCUCUCCGCUGCCCAGUUCCACCCCUGCUCUCCGCUGCCCAGUUCCACCCCUGCUCUCCGCUGCCCAGUUCCACCCCUGCUCUCCGCUGCCCAGUUCCACCCCUGCUCUCCGCUGCCCAGUUCCACCCCUGCUCUCCGCUGCCCAGUUCCACCCCUGCUCUCCGCUGCCCAGUUCCACCCCUGCUCUCCGCUGCCCAGUUCCACCCCUGCUCUCCGCUGCCCAGUUCCACCCCUGCUCUCCGCUGCCCAGUUCCACCCCUGCUCUCCGCUGCCCAGUUCCACCCCUGCUCUCCGCUGCCCAGUUCCACCCCUGCUCUCCGCUGCCCAGUUCCACCCCUGCUCUCCGCUGCCCAGUUCCACCCCUGCUCUCCGCUGCCCAGUUCCACCCCUGCUCUCCGCUGCCCAGUUCCACCCCUGCUCUCCGCUGCCCAGUUCCACCCCUGCUCUCCGCUGCCCAGUUCCACCCCUGCUCUCCGCUGCCCAGUUCCACCCCUGCUCUCCGCUGCCCAGUUCCACCCCUGCUCUCCGCUGCCCAGUUCCACCCCUGCUCUCCGCUGCCCAGUUCCACCCCUGCUCUCCGCUGCCCAGUUCCACCCCUGCUCUCCGCUGCCCAGUUCCACCCCUGCUCUCCGCUGCCCAGUUCCACCCCUGCUCUCCGCUGCCCAGUUCCACCCCUGCUCUCCGCUGCCCAGUUCCACCCCUGCUCUCCGCUGCCCAGUUCCACCCCUGCUCUCCGCUGCCCAGUUCCACCCCUGCUCUCCGCUGCCCAGUUCCACCCCUGCUCUCCGCUGCCCAGUUCCACCCCUGCUCUCCGCUGCCCAGUUCCACCCCUGCUCUCCGCUGCCCAGUUCCACCCCUGCUCUCCGCUGCCCAGUUCCACCCCUGCUCUCCGCUGCCCAGUUCCACCCCUGCUCUCCGCUGCCCACCCCUGCCUCCCCCAGUUCUCCCUCCCCCCCGUUUCUCCCCUCCUCUCCCCUCCUCUCCCCUCCUCUCCCCCGUGUCUUCCCUCAGGUCCGCCACGGCCCCCAAUUCUACCCCUGCUCCAUGCAGUUUGCUGAGCUACCAGCUACCAUGCGUCCAGAUGCAGGGCUAGCUGCCGGGCAGUUUGCCGCCUUCUAUGAUGGCGACACGUGCAUCGGGUCGGGCGUCAUUAUUGGCGUGCCGCCCGGGGACGACAGUGUGGGCGGCAUGAGUGGCGACAGCAGCCGCAGCACAGCGCAGGAGCGAGGUUCAGAGACACAGCAGAGGCAGGAGAAGAGAAAAGGACCAGUAUCAGCUGCAGCGUGGGAGACGGCAAGGCGAGGGCUGGCAGGGGUGAAGAUUGGGAAGCUGAAACCGCCCAAGACUGUCGAAAAAGGGAGUGGGAGGUUGGAGAGUGAGGGAGUGAGGGAGGAGAGGACAGAGAAAGGGAGAGGGGAGGGGGGAAAUGAGGUGGGAAGUGGUGAAAAGAGGAAGAGGCGGAGGGAGAGAGCAAGUCGAGGGAGGCCUGAGGUGCAGCUAGGGGAACAGGUGGUUCAAGUGCAGGCAAGUGGUGAUGUCUAG